CACUUCUGCUUGCAUGACGAACAUUCCACAUUCCCUCCCAUAGCCAUCCUUCUCUCUAGGCCUCGAGAUAUAUUCGCUACCCAUCUUCCAACAGGCUGUUCUUCCUCUCUUGCUUAACAUUCAACAGACCAUCACGAACUGCGCAUACGAAACUGCAAUCAUACAACUUGCCUGCCAGAGUGCAGAAGGAUAGUUAAAGCCUGACGUCACACUCGAGCUUCACGAUUAGCAUUUCACAAAAAGCGUCAAACAAAGAAUCGUCUCACUGCGCACGAUAAUCAUCAAAACGGGACAUCCGAGACGUUUGUCUCGAGAUACCAUUUUCCACCAUGAACUCGAAAAUGGAGUUUACCGAUCGGGCCAAGAAGGCGUUGGAGGACGCCAUGGCUCUGGCUGAGCAGUAUGCUCACUCACAGCUGCUGCCAGUCCAUCUGGCCGUCGCCCUCCUCGACCCCCUUCCUGACCAGAGCAAAGACCUGCAAAAUGCGCCGCCGGGGACAACCAGCACACUCCUCCGUCAGGUCAUCGAGCGCGCCCACGGCGAUCCGCAAUCCUUCGACCGCGCGCUCAAGAAGACGCUCGUCCGUCUGCCCAGCCAAGAUCCGCCUCCCGAACAAGUCUCGAUGGCCCCCUCAUUCCACGCCAUCCUCCGCAAAGCCAUGGAGCUACAGAAGGUGCAGAAGGACACAUACAUCGCAGUCGACCACCUCAUCACUGCGCUGUCUGAAGACCAUACCGUCCAGAACGCUCUGAAAGAAGCCAACAUCCCCAAGCCAAAAUUGGUGCAGGACGCUGUGACAGCGAUCAGGGGCACGAAGCGCGUCGACUCGCGGAACGCCGAUACAGAGCAGGAGAAUGAGAAUCUGUCCAAGUUCACCAUCGACAUGACGGCAAUGGCGAGGGAAGGCAAGAUCGAUCCCGUUAUCGGCCGUGAGGAAGAGAUCCGCCGUGUCAUUCGGAUCCUCUCGCGGCGCACAAAGAACAAUCCGGUUCUGAUUGGCGAGCCUGGUGUGGGUAAGACGACCGUCGUCGAAGGCCUGGCCCAGCGCAUUGUCAACGCCGACGUGCCCGACAACCUUGCGGCUUGCAAGCUACUCGCGUUGGACGUGGGCGCCCUUGUCGCCGGAAGCAAGUACCGCGGCGAAUUCGAGGAGCGCAUGAAGGGAGUUCUGAAGGAGAUUCAAGAGUCUAAGGAGAUGAUUGUGCUCUUCGUCGACGAGAUUCACCUCCUGAUGGGCGCCGGCGCAUCGGGUGAGGGCGGUAUGGAUGCCGCUAACCUACUCAAGCCAAUGCUCGCCAGAGGACAGCUUCACUGCAUCGGUGCCACCACCCUCGCCGAAUACCGCAAAUAUAUCGAGAAGGAUGCCGCCUUCGAGCGUCGGUUCCAGCAAGUCCUCGUCAAGGAGCCUUCGAUUCCCGAGACGGUAUCAAUUCUCCGCGGCCUCAAGGAGAAGUACGAAGUCCAUCACGGUGUUAACAUUGCAGACGGCGCCAUUGUUGCUGCCGCCAACCUCGCCGCUCGGUAUUUGACAUCCCGGAGGCUCCCGGAUUCGGCCGUUGACCUGAUCGAUGAGGCUGCGGCCGCAGUCCGUGUCGCACGCGAGUCCCAGCCCGAAAUCAUCGACUCGCUCGAGCGCCGGUUACGCCAGCUGAAGAUUGAGAUCCACGCCCUGUCCCGUGAAAAGGACGACGCAUCUAAGGCACGCCUCGCCCAAGCCAAGCAGGACGCCGAAAACGUUGAGGAGGAGCUGAGGCCGCUCCGCGAGAAAUAUGAAAGGGAGCGGCAGCGGGGCAAGGAGAUCCAAGAAGCCAAGCUGAAGUUGGAGAACCUUCGUGUAAAGGCGGAGGAUGCCAGCAGAGUGGGCGACCACAGCCGUGCCGCCGACCUCCAGUACUACGCCAUUCCCGAGCAAGAACAAAUUAUCAGACGGCUCGAGAAGGAGAAGGCGGCUGCGGAUGCCGCGCUGAACGCCGAAGGGCCUGACGCUGGCGGUUCUAUGGUCACCGACGUUGUCGGCCCUGACCAAAUCAACGAGAUUGUUGCGCGGUGGACCGGCAUCCCAGUGACGCGGCUGAAGACCUCUGAGAGAGACAAGCUCUUGCACAUGGAGCAGGCUCUUUCAAAGAUCGUGGUUGGCCAGAAGGAGGCCGUACAAUCCGUGUCCAACGCUAUCCGGCUGCAGCGCUCGGGUCUCAGCAACCCCAAUCAGCCCCCGAGCUUCCUCUUCUGCGGUCCAUCUGGUACCGGCAAGACGCUACUCACCAAGGCGCUAGCCGAGUUCCUCUUUGACGAUCCGAAGGCCAUGAUUCGUUUCGAUAUGUCGGAAUACCAGGAGCGGCACUCGCUCAGCCGCAUGAUUGGUGCCCCUCCGGGCUACGUGGGACACGAUGCAGGCGGCCAACUGACCGAGGCCCUUCGUCGCAAGCCAUUCUCGAUUUUGCUCUUUGACGAAGUUGAGAAGGCAGCCAAGGAGGUCCUGACUGUUCUACUCCAACUUAUGGACGACGGCCGGAUCACCGACGGUCAAGGCCGCAUCGUCGACGCCAAGAACUGCAUCGUGGUCAUGACGUCCAACCUUGGCGCCGAGUACCUCGCGCGGCCCAACGGGAAGGACGGCAAGAUCGACCCGACGACAAAGGAACUUGUCAUGAACGCAUUGCGGAACUACUUCCUCCCCGAGUUCCUCAACCGCAUCUCGUCGAUCGUCAUCUUCAACCGCCUCACGCGGCGCGAGAUUCGCAAGAUUGUCGACCUGCGUAUCGCCGAGAUCCAGAAACGGCUGCAGGACAACGACCGCAACGUCAUCAUCAAAGUGUCGGACGCGGCCAAGGACAAGCUGGGUGCCGCUGGCUACUCACCGGCCUACGGCGCCAGACCGCUCCAGCGUCUGCUCGAGAAGGAGGUGCUCAACCGGCUGGCCAUUCUCAUCCUGCGCGGCAACAUCCGCGACGGAGAGGUGGCGGUUGUCGAUCUUGUCGAUGGCAAGGUGACGGUCAAUCCCAACCAUCCGGACAGCGAAGGGGAGGACGAGGAGAUGAUGGUCGACUCGGACGAUGCGCUCGACGAGCUUGCGCCGGAUUCGAUGGAUGAGGACCUCUACAAUGACUAAAGGGGCAUGGGUUGCUAAUGGUUGCAACGGUUGAUUGCGGGUAGGUAAUGGUUUCGCGGUAAAGGCGCUGCCAGGGGAACGAUGUCAUGUCAUGGUUAUGAAUUGAUUAUGGGACUGUAUCAUGCAUUGGAGCGUGAUGACCGGAUACUGGGUUUGUUUUUCUCUCUCGCGAUAUGGGCAUUGUUAGGGUUGUGUGGUUAAUGUAUUAGUUUUCAGCAGCGCUGGCGGUGGUGAAUACCAGAUAGAUAGCUGCAUCGAUCGUAUGAAGCAAAAUGAGAAAUUCA